CGCGCGUCGCACGUCACUACCCGGCGUGCCGCGUACCCGCCUCCUCCGCUCGGCCGGCCCAAGAUGGCGGUGCAGGAGUCGGCGGCCCAGCUGUCCAUGACCCUGAAGGUGCAGGAGUACCCGACCCUCAAGGUGCCCUAUGAGACACUGAAUAAACGCUUCCGAGCUGCCCAGAAAAACAUUGAUCGGGAGACCAGCCACGUCACCAUGGUGGUUGCUGAGCUUGAGAAAACCUUGAGUAGUUGCCCAGCUGUGGACUCUGUGGUCAGCCUACUGGAUGGUGUGGUGGAGAAGCUGAGUGUCCUCAAGAGGAAGGCAGUAGAGUCCAUCCAGGCUGAGGAUGAGAGCGCCAAACUCUGCAAACGUAGGAUUGAGCACCUCAAGGAACACAGCAGUGACCAGCCAGCAGCAGCCAGCAUGUGGAAACGGAAGCGCAUGGACCGAAUGAUGGUGGAGCAUCUGCUGCGCUGUGGCUACUACAACACAGCUGUGAAGUUGGCUCGCCAGAGUGGCAUUGAGGACCUUGUGAAUAUCGAGAUGUUCCUGACAGCCAAAGAAGUGGAGGAGUCCUUGGAGAGGCGUGAAACAGCCACCUGCCUUGCCUGGUGCCAUGAUAACAAGUCCCGACUCCGGAAAAUGAAGAGCUGCCUGGAAUUCAGCCUCAGGAUUCAGGAGUUCAUUGAACUUGUCCGGCAGAACAAACGCCUGGAUGCUGUGAGACAUGCAAGAAAGCACUUCAGCCAGGCUGAAGGAAGCCAGCUGGAUGAGGUCCGCCAGGUCAUGGGCAUGUUGGCCUUCCCGCCAGAUACACACAUCUCCCCAUACAAGGUAAUGGUCAUGGGCAUGUUGGCCUUCCUGCCAGAUACACACAUCUCCCCAUACAAGGACCUUCUGGACCCAGCCCGGUGGCGGAUGCUGAUCCAGCAGUUCCGAUAUGACAACUACCGACUGCACCAGCUAGGAAACAGCUCCGUCUUCACCCUCACCCUGCAGGCUGGGCUCUCGGCAAUAAAGACACCGCAGUGCUACAAGGAGGAUGGCAGCUCCAAGAGCCCUGACUGCCCUGUGUGCAGCCGCUCUCUGAACAAACUGGCGCAGCCCCUGCCCAUGGCUCACUGUGCCAACUCCCGCCUGGUCUGCAAGAUCUCUGGUGACGUGAUGAAUGAGAACAACCCACCCAUGAUGCUGCCUAACGGCUACGUCUAUGGCUACAAUUCUCUGCUCUCUAUCCGUCAAGAUGAUAAAGUUGUUUGCCCAAGAACCAAAGAAGUCUUCCACUUCUCCCAGGCUGAGAAAGUGUACAUCAUGUAGGCCCUGCGUUGCCAUGUGCACGCCUCCGGCCAGAGGCUGUGGUGGGUGGGAGCCAUACCUCCUACCCUGACCCCUGACCCCAGACCCCAGCCUGCCUCGGCAUUUGUUUCUUGCGACCAAAGAUCAGUGAGCAACAACAAAUACUCUUAGAAAAAGAGGAAGUGAGAUUUAAUAAGUCUGUGCUUGAGAACAGCGUUUGAUUGGUAGGAUUUUGUAACAUAAGUCGACUGAUGCCUCUGCAAGUUCUUGCACCUCUCAAAGGAAACUUUCUCUACAGUGUGACCUGAACACCAAGGAAAUCCAGAGCAUCUCAGAAGUAGGAAUUGGUUCAUCGGUUAUUUCCCUGUGUUUCUCCAUUUCCUUCCUUUUGCUAGUGAUGGGACUCAGGGCAGCUUGAGGAGCAGGCUGGUCCUUUGCCAACUCCUGUUGGCCACAGCCUGGGCAAGGUGUUGGCCACAGCCUGGUUGGCUGCAGUGACUUGUGACAUGGUGCCGAGGCCUUUCCUGACUUCACUGUCUAGCUGCUGCCAAAGCACCAUGCACCACACACUCCUGGGCUGCUACUUGAGGAGGCUCCGCCCACAUGGCCAGGAUGUCUGGGGCUGUGUCUGUGCACAGGUUCAGUAUCUCACCUUCCAGCACCGCCUUAUCUCCUGCUUUGAGAAUGUAUUCACGGGAAAGCCACUGGACUGAGUUUCUGCACAGGCCUUGCCAGGUGGUUCCGUAGUCCUAGAGUGUAAAUGCUUUUCAUUACAGAAACUGAUAGUUGAGCUAAAAUAAGUACUGACGGGUUUUCAAAACAGAUGAACCAUUGUAAUUCACACAAAACCAUAUUGUAGAGGUUUGUAUCUAGCGCUUAUUUUUGCAUGUUGAUGUUGAUUAGCUAAUGAACUGUAAAUGUAAAGCGUGUUAAUAAAAUAGCUUUCUAUUUCUCA